CCUUUGGUAUAUUGUAACGGUCGGUAGCUGGUCACUUCUGGCUCAUCCAAUAUCUGCCGAAAAUAAAACUUCGUUUUUUGUCAGCUUAAUAAAAUAAAUUAAAAUGGCAGGCGAAGACGAGGCGGUUGGGGAGCUGGAAACCCGCUUGGAGGAUGUGAGUCUAGAGGACAUAGGUGCCCGUCAUCGCCGUGAACGCAAGGAACUGCAGGCCAAAUUGCAGGCCAUGAAGAAGAAUGCCCCCAAAAACAAUAAAAACAAGAGGAAGGAAUUUUUGGAGGAGAUGACUCGUUUGGAAGGAGAACUGGAGCAGCGUCACAAGGCGGAACUGCAGUCGGCGGAAGCCAAGGAUCCGCCAGCGGAACCAGAAGUCAGACCCCCGGAAGAGAAGCCGGAAAACACAGUGCCAAAUGAGGAGGAGACCGAGGAAAAGGAGGAGGAGGAGCAGCUGCCCUCCAAUCAACGCGUGUCCAAGGCCCAAAAACGUCGGGAUAAAAAAGCCAAGGAGGCCCGUGAACGCGAAGCGGAGAUCAAAACGGAGCUCCAGAAUGCCGCCAAUCAGCCAACACCGAAGUUAAUCGAACUCCAGCAGAUUACUUCAAAGUUGUCCGAACGACAAUUGUCCCUCCAUAACAUAGCAUCUGAUGGCGAUUGUCUGUAUCAAUCCAUCAGACACCAACUAAUUGUAAAUGCUCUUCCAGGUCAUAGUGUUCAGCAACUACGAGAGGAGACUGCCAACUAUGUCCGUGCCCACAAGGAGUCGCUGAUCUCCUACAUGGUCCAUCCGGAAACGGGUGACCUCCUAAACGACAAGCAAUUCGAAAAAUACUGCCAGGAUAUAGCCAAAACUCACGCCUGGGGCGGGCACAUCGAACUGAAGGCUAUAUCUUCGCUACUCAGAGUGCCUAUUGAAGUUAUCCAAGCGGAGGGACCACCCACACUCCUGGGACAAGAGGAAUUCGGUGGAUCACCUCUGGUCAUCUGCUACCACCGCCACAUUUACCAACUGGGCGCCCACUACAACUCUACAAUCCCAGUAGCCUGAAAUAAUACCCAAUGACAUACAUAAUGCAGUCGAUUUUGUAACCAUUUUUAUUAUUACAUAUUUAUGUUGACUUUAUAAA